UCCGCAACAGCCGCGCCCUGGACCCCUGACGACCAUGGCAAGUGCCAGCUGUGUGCGAACAAGUUUACCAUGGUUCGCCGCCGUCACCAUUGCCGGCGAUGCGGCAAGCUCGUGUGUUCAAGCUGUGCGCCCAAAAAUAAUACCAAGCCCAUCCCAGAACUCUCCAUGCUGGAGCCUGUUCGUCACUGCAAGGUACGUUCAAAGCAAGCAGGGUAA